AUGGGGUUGUCCCGGCAGGCGCUGGCCGGAGCUCUCGUCUUUUUGUUCAUCAUUUCGGGAAAUUUGCUUUCAGCAGAAAAAAUCAAUUUUUACAACAUCAGGCCCCCUCUAGACCGCACGCGGUACUGCCUGGCUGCUCACCUGUUCACGGCGCGCGGGGACAGCACCUGGGUCACCAAGAGAUGCGCCACGGGCGAGGAGUGUCACCUGGCGGGCUGCCACCGCCGCGGCGACAGCGGCCACACGUUCCUGCUGCUCCUGUUCCUGCCCGGCCGCUCUCCGGCCGCGCGGAGCCGCGACUUCACGGCCAAGGACAUCGUCUACCUCCACCCCUCCACCACGCCGUAUCCUCGUGGAUUUAAAUGUUUCACCUGCGAGAAAGCCCCGGAUAAUUACGAGUGCAACCGCUGGGCUCCAGAUGUUUACUGCCCCCGAGGGACGAGGUACUGCCUCAGCCAGCACACCAUGAAGGCCAGCGGGGAGAGCGUCUCGGUCACCAAGCGCUGCGUGGCCCUGCAGGAGUGUCUGAGCACGGGCUGCACCUACAUCAGACACGAGGAGUACAAGGUGUGCACGUCGUGCUGUGAGGGCAGUAUCUGUAACCUGCCGCUGCCGCGGAACGCGUCUGACGCCGUGUUCGCCACCCUGUCCCCUGUCAGCGCCACCGCGCCGCUGUCCCCUCCCGGCCUGGCCACACCGCUCGCCAUCGGCCUGGCCCUGCUGGCACAGCGCUGCCUCAGCGCCGCGGCGACGGCGACAGCGAUGGGACAGUGA